GAGAUAGACACUUGUUACCAACAGGGAAGAGUUAGACACGAAUAAAGCAAGGCUGCAUUGCCCGCUCCCGGAUCCUUCUCCCGGGGAUGCCUGCCUUCGGCAACACGCGCUCGCUCGCCCGGGCACGGGAGUAGGCAGUGCCCAGACUGACUAACCCCAGCUCCCGAAAUUUGUCAUGUCAGGAAGGGGAGGAGGAUCUUCCGCCCGGCUCUCGCUUUCGCCGCCGAGAGAGAAGCCCCCGAGCCCGCGGCGGCCGCCGCCUCCCGGACCAUCGCGCGCUCUCCUGUUGGCCCGCGUCGAGACCCGCGUUUGCGGUCGUGUGGAAGCGCCUCGCUGGAGCGGGUGGGGGCGGGAGCCUCGCCUCGCCCGGCGCGCUCGCCCACCCGGCCGAGUCCGAAGCCAGCCGCUGGAAAACAACUCAGAUUAAAUAUGUGGGGGUGACUGCUUGAAGAAGAGACACGGAGCCUCCGUCUUGCUCCAGCAUGUCCCUCUGUACGUCGUCGCACAAGGAAUGCCCUCCGUUGCCAUCUCUUCAGGACCUCGGCUGCAGCAAAACAGACGGGAAAGGCUCCCUCUCUGAGCUGAACUCCAGUGUCAUCCCCUUCAGCUGCAGCCAGUCUGCUUUGACCGUUGAGCACAGUUCAAUCUACAUCCCCUCGUCUUACAUGGAAAGCCGGCCCGAUUACUCAGCCAUGGCUUUCUACAGCCCCACCAUGAUGAACUAUAACAUCCCCAGCAAUUACAGUGAUUCGGAGAGCGCCCCCUUAAGGCAGACGGCCAGUCCAGGCAUGUUGUGGCCUGGUCCCGGUCACAUCUCGCCCUUGACUUUACAUUGCCAGUCAUCGGUUUUAUAUGCGGAGCAACCCAAAAGCCCGUGGUGUGAAACAAGACCCGUGGAUCACGUCCUGCCUAUGCACAGAGAGACACUGAAAAGGAAAGCUGGUAGUACUGACUGUACCAGCCCAAUCACAAACAGUCCCAGCUCAAAAAGGGAUGCUCAUUUCUGUGCCGUGUGCAGUGAUUAUGCCUCCGGGUACCACUAUGGUGUUUGGUCCUGUGAAGGCUGCAAAGCCUUCUUCAAAAGAAGCAUCCAAGGACACAACGAUUAUAUAUGCCCGGCGACGAAUCAAUGCACAAUAGAUAAAAAUAGGCGCAAAAGCUGUCAGGCUUGCCGGCUACGGAAAUGCUACGAAGUAGGAAUGAUGAAAUGCGGUUCAAGAAGAGAACGUUGUGGGUAUCGUAUUAUACGCCGCCAUCGGAACACGGACGAUCCCAUGCACUGUGUAAGCAAAGUGAAAAAGAACAAUGAAACCAUGAUUCAGAUGAAGGAGAUCCUUGUCAAUGCCUUGACUCCAGAACAAUUUGUUUCCAUCUUACUUGAAGCUGAGCCACCAAAUGUGCUAGUGAGUCGACCCAACAAGCCAUUCACGGAAGCUUCCAUGAUGAUGUCCUUGACGAAACUGGCCGACAAAGAGCUGGUCCAUAUGAUUGGUUGGGCCAAAAAAAUUCCUGACAUGUUUCCACUCGCCCCCACUGCGGAAGAACCUGAAAGCAGCAGAAAGCUGAACCACCUGCUCAAUUCUGUGACGGAUGCUUUGGUGUGGGUUAUAGCAAAGAGUGGGAUCCCUUUGGCCCAACAGACCACCCGUUUGGCAAACCUGCUGAUGCUGCUUUCACACGUCCGGCAUGCAAGCAACAAAGGGAUGGAGCACCUUCUCAGCAUGAAGUGUAAGAACGUCGUACCUGUUUACGAUUUGCUACUGGAAAUGCUGAAUGCCCACACGGUCCGAAGCCACAGGAAAACACCCAUCUCCAACGAUGAAGACAAUCCACCUCCGCACACGGACAUUACAGAUGGAGCACAAAUGUGAUUUUGCAAUGAACUGGAAAAUAAAUUAAAAAUGGAGGGAGGGGUGAAGAUUAAAAGUCGAGGCUGUUUGUUUCGUUAUCUUUCAGAAAGAAGACACUGGUAUCUUUGUAACCAUUUAUAUUGGAUCACACAUGGAACUGUUCUGGAAAAACCUCGCAUGGCUGGCAUCGAAUGAACUGUUUAUGAUCCUGGCUUUAUCAAAUGUUGCACUUUUGAAGUGCCUUCUAGAGGAGACUGUUGACGCGCCCAUAUGAGCCUUAUUGCUUUAUGAUACCCUAGCUGAGGGUAGCCUUUUUUUUUUUAAAAAAGAGAGGGAAUGACACACAUGCUUACAAACUCACUGCAAAAACUCUAGUGGGACAGGAAACAGGAGCAACUUCUACAGAAUAACUGAUUGAUUUAACAGGAUGCUUUUCAUCAACACGUUCUCCGUAUUAAACCAAGGAAGACGUAGCCUGUUCCCACUGGAAAUGUGUGCUGUUUGCCUUGGUAACUGCAAAAGACAUGAGAAUGUUUCCCUUUUGAAUAUGUAGGGGAUGCUCUGAUAUAACUGAAAGGGCCCAGCUCCUUGAUACAUUGGGACAACAUGGCCCAGAAGCUUCUAAAAAUAGCUCUAGUUUGUACGGACUGUUCUAUCAAUGUUUGCCUUGUUAGAUCUCUGUGUUCAAACACUUGACCGGACGUUUGGGUUGUAAGCUUCGCAACAUGGCUGCCACUGAUGUGAAGGAAUCGUUGCGAUGAAUAUUCAGACUCCGUGAAUGAUUACUGUAUGUUAUGUCUACAGAGGUUCACAGUUAUUAUGGCAAUUAGACAUGAAGAAGGAGAAACAGCGUUGGUAAAUAUGUUCAUUCCGAAAUGAGGAAGAGCACAGCAUAGGAGAAAAGUGAUGUCUUCUGGUGGGCCGCUUAAGGUAUUGGGCGGUAGCAUCUUCAUGCUCUACCAUGUGCUAGUUCGGGGUCUCCACGCAGAGAGCUGUUCCACUCUUAAUGGUCUCCCAGUUCACUUCAGUGGCUGAAGCAGUUUGACGCACAAAAAACGAAAACUGUGCAAAGUUUAGACCAGAGUUUCAACUCCAUAUUAAGAUCUUUAUAGUCUAUUCUGCACAUGUUUUGUACAAUUUUGGUUGGUUAUAAAGAUAUGGCCUUAAAAUAUGGAGUUUGGAAUUUAUUUUGUGCCAAGACAGCUAUUGCUGCUUUUUGUGUGUGUGUGAGUUGUGCACCCCUAUCGUUUAAGUAAAUGUGAAUGCAUCUGUGUGCUACUGUUCUGUAUGCAUAUGACAACCCAUACAUUGCUCUGGAGCUUGUAGAGUGAAGGGCAAAAUGCGUGAAUAUGUUCACCUUUUACAUAAAUGCCACUGGAUGAAGAAGAAAGCUGGGCGCUUGUCUUUCCAUGUCAUUGGAAAACAAUGAAAAUUAUCUCAUACCGUUUGGACAGGAUAUCACAGCUUUCUUUUUAGUGCACAAAAUGUCAAUGGAGAGACAAGGCUGUCCCAUUCCCUAGAUAAUCCUUAAUUAUUAUGGGAACCCAAGGGAAAUUGUUACUGCCUCUUUUGGCUGACACAUCCCCAAAGUUGAUCUAGGUGAGAAUACAUAGCACUUUAAUUACACAUCUGAGUUGAUUCACAGAGUGAAUUGGAUGUCUCUGGUUGUCUUAGGUCGGUUUAGAUGGUCUGUAGGCUUUAAUCUGCUAGUUGAGACCAUCUGUAUUUAGAGUGGGGAGUGAAGGGAUAGUUUCCCUUUUUAAGUACAUAUCUGGAAGCAUCCUCUUUCUCUUCCUUGCCUUAUUAUGGGGAGGAUUUGUGGGCUACCAGGAAGCAGCCAUGGCUAGCUCCUUAGGGCUCAUAGCAUAGGAAUGGUAAACUAACAGGCUGGGCAACAGGAUCUGUUUGUGUAAAGCUGUGAAGACAAUCCAUCUGGGUGGCUGGCUUGAAAGUGUUUUUUUCAUAUCUUAUUUGAGGCAUUUAGAAUACAGUGGUGCCUCACUUACCGAGCGCACCGUUUAACGACGAAUCCGC